AUGAGGAACCAGAAAGAUACCGGUGGUUAUUUAUAUGAGGGACCACAAGGACAGGUGUCUAUGAGGAACCAGAAAGAUACCGGUGGUUAUCUAUAUGAUGGACCACAAGGACAGGUGCCUAUGAGGAACCAGAAAGAUACUGGUGGUUAUCUAUAUGAAGGACCACAAGGACAGGAGUCUAUGAGGAACCAGAAAGCUACUGGUGGUUAUCUAUAUGAAGGACCACAAGGACAGGAGUCUAUGAGGAACCAGAGAGAUACUGGUGGUUAUUUAUAUGAAGGACCACAAGGACAGGUGCCUAUGAGGGACCAGAAAGAUACCGGUGGUUAUCUAUAUGAGGGACCACAAGGACAGGUGUCUAUGAGGACUAAGAAAGAUACCGGUGGUUAUCUAUAUGAGGGACCACAAGGACAGGUGUCUAUGAGAAACCAGAAAGAUACUGGUGGUUAUCUAUAUGAGGGACCACAAGGACAGGUGCCUAUGAGGAACCAGAAAGAUACCGGUGGUUAUCUAUAUGAAGGACCACAAGGACAGGUGUCUAUGAGGAACCAGAGAGAUACUGGUGGUUAUCUAUAUGAAGGACCACAAGGACAGGUGUCUAUAAGGAACCAGAAAGAUACCGGUGGUUAUCUUUAUGAAGGACCACAAGGACAGGUGUCUAUGAGAAACCAGAAAGAUACUGGUGGUUAUCUAUAUGAGGGACCACAAGGACAGGUGCCUAUGAGGAACCAGAAAGAUACCGGUGGUUAUCUUUAUGAGGGACCACAGGGACAGGUGUCUAUGAGGAACCAGAAAGAUACCGGUGGUUAUCUAUAUGAGGGACCAAAAGAACAGGUGUUCAUGACAGACCAUGUCAGUUAA